CUGUUGACAACGCGGGAAUUGGCGGGUUUUGGUUACUUUUGUUUCGAAAACUGGAGAACCACUGAACUGAGCUUUUUGGUGUGUCAAUCUGGCAGCGUUCUAUAAUGCGAAUGUAGUCAAACUACCGCCCCUAGAUUCUCAUAGAUUCUGGCGGGACACGUUGGGAAUUACGUAGCUACAAAGUUUUGAUUGUAUACACAGCAAAGUAGGACGCUCCCAGUUUCAUUAACUAGAUACAGUAGCACUAGAAACGUUUUCUUUGUUUUAAAUAUCGUGUUGUAGCUUGUAGGGGCAUUGUUGGUUAACUAGGAAAACUGAACGUACGUCAACUAUGGAGUCGUUUCAGAAAGUGGAAAAGAUUGGUGAAGGGACGUACGGAGUGGUGUAUAAGGCAAAGAACAAACUCACAGGAGAAACAGUUGCCCUCAAGAAAAUCAGACUUGACACGGAGACUGAGGGUGUACCAAGCACUGCCAUUCGUGAGAUCUCGCUCCUGAAAGAACUUAGUCACCCAAACAUAGUAAAACUACGUGACGUCAUCCAUACUGAGAAUAAGCUCUACUUGGUGUUUGAGUUUCUUCAUCAGGACCUCAAAAAGUUCAUGGACUCUUCCUCUGUAACUGGUAUUGCUCUACCUCUUGUUAAGAGUUAUCUGUUCCAGUUGCUGCAGGGAUUGGCCUUCUGCCACUCUCACAGGGUCCUUCACAGGGACCUGAAGCCCCAGAACCUCCUCAUCAACGCCCAAGGCGAGAUCAAGCUGGCUGACUUCGGUCUGGCGAGGGCUUUUGGAGUUCCUGUCCGUACUUACACCCAUGAGGUGGUGACUCUAUGGUACAGAGCUCCAGAAAUUCUCCUGGGUUGCAAGUACUAUUCCACUGCUGUAGACAUCUGGAGUUUGGGAUGCAUCUUUGCUGAAAUGAUUACCAGAAGGGCGUUGUUUCCAGGCGACUCAGAGAUUGAUCAAUUGUUCCGGAUCUUCCGCACCCUGGGCACACCAGAUGAAGCUGUAUGGCCAGGAGUCACCUCCAUGCCUGACUACAAGCCCUCCUUCCCCAAGUGGGCCCGGCAAGAGCUGUCCAAAGUUGUCCCCCCCCUGGAUGAGGAUGGGAGAGAGUUGCUUGGGCAAAUGCUGAACUAUGACCCAAACAAGAGGGUAUCUGCCAAAAAUGCACUUGUUCAUCGGUUCUUUCGUGAUGUCACCAUGCCACUGCCACACCUGCGACUCUGAAAGACAGUAGAGAAUAGGCACCAUAUAUCACCCAAAGUUUCUCCAACGGAGAUUCAUUUACCACAAGGACCUCACCAGCUAUGCCGUUAUUAAAACUAUCUUCGAAAUCAGGUGGCUUAGAUUUGCGUGCCUUUCCGCAUAUCUUUCCAGAAGUCUAAACCAGCAUUUUAUACAGCUUUGAGUUGUUCCCUGUGGUGUACAGAGAGUGGAGUAAAAGUCUCAAGGUUUAUUUCAACAUUACAUUUGUAUUGAAUAUUUUUCGUGGCAAGCGUAUGUUUGGGACGGUUGUUUUCUAAAUAUCUGUUGUAGUUGCCGUCUGUAGGAGGAUAAUCGGUUAAAAUGCUAUGAUUAAGACUGUUGGACAGUGAUUGUGAACUGAAUGAGUGAGAUGUAAUAUUUAUUAUUUUUAUGCAUGUUUUUGGAUACUUUCCUGUUUUGUUGACUCCAGAUUUUAACCAGAUCUUGUUUAACUAACUGGAAUCAAUUUUUAUAAAUGUUCAAUAAUUAUACAUGUAUGUAUAAUGUUUUUGUAUUCUCGUGUUAUUAAUGCAUUAUUCAAUGUACAUAUUAAGUUCUGUUGUUACUCUACAUGUAGACAAUUAAUGUGUUCAUAUGUUGGAUGAUUGAAGGCCACAUUUACAAUAAACUCGUUUGCAUCUUU